CUGAUAUGUGCUGCUGACAUGACCGGAGACUGUCACUUGCGCACCGAGAGUUUGGCCUCCUGUCCUCGUUAUAGCCUCCUCUCGUCCAUGACCUUCGACCUCGUUGGACCCCUUCCAACCCGCUGCACUGCUAUCGUGCCGGCAUGGACUAUGACGAAGUCACCUCCUUCCUUGGAGAAUGGGGGCCAUUCCAGAAAGCCAUGUUCCUGCUGCUCAGCCUCAGCACGGUGCCCAACGGCUAUGCCGGCAUGGCGAUGGUCUUCCUGGCGGACACACCAGAGCACCGCUGCCAGUUGCCAUACCUCAACGCCAGCUGGCAACAGCACAGUCUGACUUUGAAUCAGUCACUGCCCCUGGAGGAGCGGGGGGCAGGGGGGCAAUGGGCUCUCAGCAGGUGCCAGCGCUACAGGCGGGCAAACGGCACGGGGACAGGGUUCAGCAAUAGCACGGAGGGCUGUCUGGACGGCUGGGACUUUGACAGAGAGCAGUAUGAGUCCACCAUCGCCACUGAGUGGAGCCUUGUGUGUGGGGAUUCCUGGAAGGUUCCAUUCAGCCUGUCUGUGUUUUUCAUGGGUGUUCUGAGCGGCUCCUUUGUGUCUGGUCAGAUCUCCGACAGAUUUGGACGAAAGGUGACCCUGUUCGUUACCAUGGCGGUGCAGACAGUCUUCAGUCUCGUGCAGGUGUUCUCUGUCAGCUGGGUGAUGUUCUGCUUCUUCUUCUACCUCGUUGGCCUGGGCCAGAUCUCCAACUACGUCGCUGCCUUCGUCUUAGGCUCAGAGUUGCUGGGGAAGUCAUCACGGGUGACCUUCUCUACUCUGGGGGUGUGUGUGUUUUAUGCACUGGGGUACGCUGUGCUCCCUCUCUGUGCAUACUUCAUCAGAAGCUGGAGGGUGCUGCUGGCUGUUCUCUCAUUACCUGGGCUCCUGUACAUCCCCCUCUGGUGGCUGAUUCCUGAAUCCCCGCGUUGGUUGCUGGCUCAAGGCCGCGUUGAAGAGGCAGAGGCCAUUGUCCGAGCUGCAGCUAGGAAGAAUGGAGUGACUGCACCAGCAGUCAUAUUCAAACAAUAUGAGCAGCAAGGGAUUAAUGACCAUUCGGUUGAUGCAAGAUACACAUACAUGGACCUUGUCAGAACCUCCAAGAUGAGGAAUAUAACGUUCCUGCAUGCUGCUGUUUGGUUCAUCAUCACCAUCAGCUACUUUGGCCUGUCCUUAAGUACCCCGAACAUGAAUGGAGACCCCUACCUUAACUGCUUCCUCUCUGCGCUGGUGGAGAUUGUAGCCUACGUCGCAGCGUGGCUCCUGCUUAAGGUGGUACCCCGAAGAGUCGUCAUCACGGUCCCAAUGCUCUCGGGAGGGCUGGUGCUGUGUCUUAUCCACUUUGUACCUCAGGACUACAGUGUGUUAAGCGUGGUUCUGGCCAUGGCUGCUAAGUUCGGCAUCACAGCUUCCUUGUCAGUGCUGUACAUUGCGGCUGCGGAGACGUUCCCCACCGUGGUGCGAGGAAUGGGCAUAGGCAUCUGCUCCAUGGCCUCCAAGACUGGGAGCACCAUUGCUCCCUUCUUCCCUUUCUUGGGUGUCUAUGACAAAACGCUUCCGUACAUUGUGAUGGGGCUGAUGACACUGGUGGCCGGUCUGCUGAGCAUCCUCUUACCUGAGACACGAGGAAUGCCCCUCCCACAGCAAGUAUCAGAAGUGCAGACUUUAAACUGGUUUUGUACAAAAUGUAAACCUGCCGAAGAAAAGAAGUUCCCUGAAGAAGAUGGACGUCUUUGAUGGGGGCACACUCUGUAUCUAUAAAUAUUAUGACUGUAACAAUACACCAAACUCACCAUUUAGUUUGUAUGACGAUUUUUGGUUCGAUAAAGCUUACCUCGGGGGGCACUCUGUAUCUAUAAUGUGACUGUUAAAAUAUGGAGCCUAUCCAGGAAGAUCAGAUCAUCGAACUGUCAAACUCCAGAGAAAUUCAAAAUGAACUGAAAAUAGUAGUGGCAGCAGUGCUAGUUUAAUAUCUUAUGGGAGAACAUUGCAUGUUGUUAACUAUUCUCUUGCCUAUACUGUUUACAACAAGAAGGCCACCAGACUCCUCAAAAGCUGUAGGCUAUUUCUUAGUCUUCAGGUGAGCUUUAGAUUUGUAUGGUACGUGAUGAACAGACAUGUUAUCCAUGUUUACAAUUAUUUUAUUUUUUUUCAAUGUGUGCUGUUUAUGUCCAAGUAAUUCUCUUUCAGCAUUUUUAUGGAAUCUAAAUGCACUUGCCAGGCCUCCUGUGAAUUGCUUAAAACAUUCAUGCUGGUAUUGACAGCUCUCACAGAUUGAUAGCCUUCUUCAGACACACUGAAAUGCCAUUAAUUAACAACAAUAAACAAAACAACAACGUGUCAUUACU